AUGACGUUUCUGGUUCUUUUGCUUUUGUUUUUAAUUGGAACUGCAGAGACACAGGCUGAUUUUUCUAGCGUUACUCCUGGAACAACAUAUAAUGUGACAGUUUCUUCAGUUUCUUCUUCAGCAUACAGUUCACCAGUCAGUAGAACAGUGACAACUAAUGUAACCUAUCCAGGACCCCCGGUGUUCCUUGCCGGUGAAAAAGUAGGAUCUGCAGGAAUUCUGCUCUCUUGGAAUGUACCACCACAUCCAAAUGGGAGGAUUAUAUCCUAUAUUGUUAAAUAUAAGGAGGUCUGCCCAUGGAUGCAAACAACUUAUACCCAAGUAACAACAAAACCAGAUAAUUUGGAAGUUCUUCUCACCAAUCUUAACCCUGGAACAACUUAUGAAAUUAAGGUUGCUGCUGAGAACAGUGCUGGCAUUGGAGUAUUUAGUGAUCCUUUUCUCUUUCAAACUGCAGAAAGUGCUCCAGGUAAAGUGGUGAAUCUCACAGUUGAGGCGUUAAAUUAUUCAGCUGUAAAUCUGAUCUGGUUUCUGCCUCAACAACCAAAUGGAAAGAUAACCAGUUUCAAGAUUAGUGUGAAACAUGCAAGAAGUGGAAUUGUAGUGAAAGAUGUUUCUGUUAAAGUGGAGGACAUUCUAUCUGGGAGGCUACCAGAAUGUAAUGAAAACAGUGAAUCAUUUUUGUGGAGUACUACCACCCCUUCAACUACUUUUGGCAAAUCUACAUUUCCUUCACGGGCUAUGUUUACACCAAGUACAGUAGCACCAAGUCAAAUGAGCUCUGUCUGGAAUGAACCUAUUAGUUUUGUUGUGACUCAUCUUAGACCAUACACCACUUAUCUUUUUGAAGUCUCUGCCGUUACCACUGAAGCAGGUUAUAUUGACAGCACAAUUGUCAGGACACCAGAAGCAGUUCCAGAAGAUCCACCCCAGAAUUUUGCCAAAGGCAACAUUACCGGAAAGUCCUUCUCAGUGUCUUGGGACCCACCAACCAUAAUAACAGGAAAGUUUAGUUACAGAGUUGAGUUAUAUGGACCGUCUGGUUAUAUUCUAGAUAACAGCACAAAAGAUCUCAAGUUCACAUUUAGUAAUCUAACACCAUUUGCAACCUAUGAUGUGUAUGUUGCUGCUGAGACAAGUGCCGGGAUGGGGCCUAAAUCUAAUUUAACAGUUUUCACUCCUCCAGAAGUUCCAAGUGCUGUAUCUGAUUUACAACUAGCAGAAGUAGAAGCCACUCUCAUAAGAAUUGCUUGGAGGAAACCAGAACAACCAAAUGGAAUCAUUACUCAAUAUAGGGUUAAAGUGUUAGCUCAGGACACAGGAGUGACUGUGGAAAACACAAUUCUCACAGGGAAAGUUAAGCAUUCGAUGGAUUCUGUGGGUCCAGACAUGUUAAAUGAAAAUAUCCAAUCUACUUUCACUUGGGAUACAGUAGAAACAGCCACUGGAUUAUAUGAAGGCUCAGCUGAGAUGUUUCCCAUGAUACAAACAGUUUCUUCACUUCAGCUUAGACUUUGGAAAAAUAAUUUAAUUUUACAAAUGGAUAACAAAGUUUUUUUCCUUUUAACCACAGAUAACCAGUAUGUCAUCAUUUCAUCUGAACAGCUGUCAUAUACAGUAAAAGGACUUAUACCUUUCACAGAAUAUACAAUCAGUGUAUCUGCUUUUACCAUUAUUGGAGAAGGGCCUCCAGCUGUUCUCACCGUUAGCACACGUGAACAAGUUCCAAGCUCAGUGCAAAAUAUUUAUUAUAAAAAUAUUAGCUCAUCAUCUGUUUUGCUGUAUUGGGAUCCUCCAGCAAAUCCUAAUGGAAAAAUCACUCAUUAUACAAUUUAUGCAAUGGAACUGGACACAAAGAGAGCAUUUCACAUGACAACUGCGAACAAUAGCUUCCUUAUAACAGGUCUGAAAAAGUAUACAAAUUAUAAAAUGAGAGUAGCAGCUUCCACCACAGUGGGAGAAAGUGCUCUGUCUGAAGAGAACGAUAUUUUUGUGAGAACACCUGAAGAUGAACCAGGCUCCCCACCCCAGAAUGUAGAGGUAUUAAAUGUAACUGCAACAGGAAUAUACUUGAGAUGGUCACCACCAGAGCAACCUAAUGGGAUCAUAACUCGUUAUGAAGUUCUGUACAAUUAUGCCAAUGACUUAUUUAUUAAAAAUACCUCAGCUACAAGUAUUUUUUUAAAUGGCAUGAAACCAUACACUCUCUACAACAUUUCCGUAAGGGCUUUCACUAGACUUGGCCAUGGGAAUCACUCAUCAUUUCCACUGUCUGUCAGAACUUCUGAAACUGUUCCUGAUAGUGCACCAGAAAACAUAACCUACAAGAACAUCUCAUCUACAGAAGUAGAGUUAUCAUUUUUUCCACCAUCUGUUCCCAAUGGGAUUAUACAGAAGUACACUGUAUAUCUCAGGAGGAUUAAUGGAACUGAGCUAAGAAUCAUAAACACUACUCUUCUGACGAUAAGUAUUACAGGUUUAAAGAAAUAUACCAAAUAUACAGCGGAGGUGUCUGCAAGCACUAGCAAGGGUGAAGGGGUUCGUAGUGCACCUCUAAACAUACUGACUAAUGAAGAUGCUCCUAGUUCACCUCCACAAUCCCUCUCGGUAAAACAGUUGUCGGGUGUCACUGUGAAGUUGUCAUGGAAACAACCACUGGAGCCAAAUGGAAUUAUCCUCUAUUACACAGUUUAUGUCUGGAAUACAAUGUCAAAAAGAAGUGUUAAUGUAACAGAAACAUCACUGAUGUUCACAGACCUAGAAAAUAACAAUGAAUACAAAGUUUAUAUAACAACAAGUACCAGAUUUGGGGAUGGAAACAUAAAAAGUAGCAUUAUAAGCUUCAGAACUUCUGAAGGAGCACCAAGUGAUCCACCAAAAGAUGUCAUGUACAGAAACCUCACUGCAUCAUCAAUAAUGGUUUUCUGGUCCCCUCCUCAAAGGCCUAAUGGGAUUAUACAAUAUUAUUCAGUUUAUUACAAAAAUAAUUCAGGAAUUUUUAUGAAGAAUUUCACCAGCCAAGACAUUGACAGUGGUGUUGACAAUAAAUCUCUGUCUGCAGUAUUAGACAAUUUGGCAAAAUGCAGCUACUAUACUGUGUGGUUAACUGCAGACACUGCCUUUGGAAAUGGAAACAAGACCAGUGAGAUAAUACACGUAUAUACAGAUCAAGAUAUUCCAGAUGGCCCUGUUGAAAGUCUGACAUAUCAAAAUGUUUCUUCAACUGCUAUACAUGUAAGCUGGCUUCCACCAUCCCAGCCAAAUGGUAUAGUCUUCUUCCUUGUUUCACUAAGUUUAUGGGAUACACAAACAGACAGUGAGAUAUUGUCUCUCAUUACUUACAAUACAAGCGUGGUUUUGGAUAAGCUGGAGAAGUACACCGAUUAUAUUCUGAAAAUCAUUCCAGCAACAGUGAAGGGAUCUUCUAAAAUGCACACUUUGAAACUACACAUCAAAACUGAAGAAGAUGUCCCUGAAUCUUCACCUGUAAUCAGAACGUAUAAGAAUCUUUCAUCUACCUCAGUUAUGUUGUCCUGGGAGCCUCCUCUCCAACCAAAUGGUAUCAUAAUGAGUUAUGAUUUAAAGUUAUAUGGACCAGAAAGGAAUGAUUCUUGGUCUACCUCCAAUAAUUCUAUCAUCCUAGAAGAUCUUUUACCAUUUACACUGUAUAGUAUUUUUGCUGCUGCAAGAACUAUCAGAGGACUUGGUCCCUAUGCUACGCUUAACUUUUACACGGAUGAGUCAGUGCCAUUAGCACCUCCUCAGGAUUUGGCUAUUUUCAACUAUACUGCCUACUCUGUGUGGCUAAAAUGGAGGCCAAGUCCUCAGCCAAAUGGUGCUAUUAAGAACUAUAGUUUCAAGAUUCAUGAAAACAAGAGUCAUACCAUAGUUUAUCAGAACGUUUCAGGUUCACAGAGUGACGCAAACCUUGUUGGAUUAGAGCCAUUCAGCACCUAUUUUAUCAGUGUCUCUGCUUUUACAAGAGUUGGAAAUGGCAAUCAGUUCAGUAACAUUGUCCAAUUCACAACAAAAGAAUCAGCUCCAGAUGUUGUCCAGAAUGUUCAGUGUACUGCAACAAGUUGGCAGUCGAUUCUAGUGCACUGGGAUCCACCUUCUAAGUCAAAUGGAGUGAUUACACAUUACAUCAUCAUAUUUGAAAGGAAUUCUACAAACAUUUCUGCUUAUGAUAAGGUGCAUACUUUCAGAGAUCUGCUAUCAAAUAUUUCUUACCGAUUUAAAAUAAAAGCUGCAACAUCUGCUGGUGAAGGAAAAGAACAGAUAUGCAAUGCCAGCACAUUUCCAGAAAAAGUCCCCAGUGCUCCCAGGGAUGUUGCUUUUUCCAACGUUCAAUCAACAAGUGUGAUUUUGAUAUGGAGAACCCCAGAUACUAUCCUUGGCUACUUUCAAAACUACAAGAUUACUACACAGCUACGGUCCAUCCACUGCAGUGACUGGGAAAACAAUGAAUGUAUUGAAUAUGAGAAGGAUCAAUAUUCGUAUGAAACUGGUGUUGAUGACUAUAUGGAGGAGAUAGUACAUGAACUAAAAAAAUUCAGAUGGUAUAGGUUUAAAGUUGCCGCUAGUACAAAUGCUGGCUAUGGCAACACUUCACCUUGGAUUUCUACACAAACUCUGCCUGGCUCUCCAGAUGGUCCUCCAGAAAAUGUAACUGUAGUAGUUACAUCUCCUCACAGUAUUAACAUCAGUUGGAGUGAACCUGACAUUAUUACUGGACCAACAUUCUACCUCAUAGACAUUACUUCAGUAGAUAGUGAUGAUUAUAAAGCUUCAUUCCUCAAGACAAAUUACGAGGGUAAAACCCUGGAAAUUUCAGAUUUAAAAUCAUUCACAAGAUAUUCUGUAGUAGUCACUGCUUUUACAGGAGAUGUAAAUGCUGCACGUAUUGAAGGCAAGUCUAGUACUUCAGUAAUUGUCUCCACAUUUGAGGCAGUGCCUAAAGACCCACCUAACAACGUAACAUUUCAGAAGAUACCAGAUGAAGUAACAAAAUUCCAAGUGACGUUUGUGCCAUCAUCUGAACCCAAUGGAAAUAUUCAAGUAUAUCAAGCCAUGAUUUACAAAGAAGAUGACCCUGCUGUUGUCCAGAUUCAUAAUCUAAGUGUCAUUGACAAAACAAAUAAAUCGGUCACUGCAGUGAUAGAGGGGCUAAAAGGAGGACAUACGUAUAAUGUCAUUGUGUAUGCAAUAAAUGGUGCUGGUGCAGGGCCAAAAAUCCAACUAAAAAUAACUAUGGAUAUUAAAGAACCACCAAGACCUAAUAAGAAACCAACACCAGUUUUUGAUACUAGCGGGACACUACUUGUUACUGCUACAACAAUUACUAUCAGAAUGCCAGUAUGCUACUAUAAUGAUGAUCAUGGACCUAUCAAGAAGAUACAAGUUCUUGUUGCAGAAGCAGGAGUUCAGCAUGAUGGAAAUGUUACUAAGUGGUAUGAUGCCUACUUCAAAAAACCCAGGCCAUAUUUUACAAAUGAAGGCUUUCCAAACCCACCCUGUACAGAAGGAAAGGAAGGACUGAGUGGCAAAGAAGAUAUGUAUGUUAUAGGUGCUGAUACUACAUGCAUGAUACCUGGGAGUGAAGAUAAAAUCUGCAACGGCCCCCUAAAACCAAGAAAGCAGUACUUAUUUAAGUUCAGAGCAACAAAUGUUAAAGGCCAGUUUACAGAUUCAGACUAUUCGGACCCUGUCAAAACUUUAGGUGAGGGACUGUCAGAAAGAGCUGUAGAAAUAAUACUUGCAGUUACUUUGUGUAUACUUUCCAUAAUUCUUCUUGUGGUGGCAAUCUAUGCUUUUGCAAGAAUCCGACAAAAGCAAAAAGAGGGAGGCACCUACUCCCCGCGGGAUGCAGAAAUUAUUGACACUAAAUUCAAGCUGGAUCAGUUGAUCACAGUGGCAGACCUGGAACUGAAGGAUGAGAGAUUUACUCGGUUACUUAGUUAUAGAAAAUCCAUCAAGCCAAUAAGCAAGAAAUCCUUCCUACAACAUGUUGAAGAACUUUGCACAGACAACAACCUAAAGUUUCAAGAAGAAUUUUCGGAACUUCCCAAGUUUCUUCAAGACCUUGCUUCAACUGAUGCUGAUCUGCCUUGGAACAGGUCUAAGAAUCGCUUUCCAAACAUAAAGCCAUAUAAUAACAACAGAGUAAAGCUGAUAGCUGAUGCUGGUAUUCCAGGAUCUGAUUACAUCAAUGCCAGCUAUGUGUCUGGCUAUUUGUGUCCAAAUGAGUUUAUUGCUACUCAGGGACCAUUACCAGGAACAGUGGGUGAUUUCUGGAGAAUGGUGUGGGAGACUAGAGCAAAAACGCUUGUGAUGCUUACGCAAUGUUUUGAAAAAGGACGGGUAAGAUGUCACCAAUACUGGCCAGAAGACAACAAACCAGUGACUGUGUUUGGAGAUAUAGUGAUUACCAAAUUAGUGGAAGAUAUUCACAUAGACUGGACUAUCAGGGAUCUAAAAAUUGAAAGGCAUGGGGAUUGUAUGAUGGUACGUCAGUGUAACUUUACUGCCUGGCCUGAACAUGGAGUCCCUGAAACUACAGCACCAUUAAUCCAUUUUGUCAAGCUGAUCCGUGCAAGUCGAGCACAUGAUAACACACCUAUGGUUGUUCACUGCAGUGCUGGAGUUGGAAGAACAGGGGUUUAUAUUGCACUUGAUCACUUAACACAACAUAUAAAUGAUCAUGAUUUUGUGGACAUGUAUGGACUUGUAGCUGAGCUGAGAAGUGAGAGAAUGUGUAUGGUACAGAACCUGGCACAAUAUAUUUUUUUGCAUCAGUGUGUUUUGGACCUAUUGACAAGCAAGGGAAGCAGUCAGUCCAUAUGUUUUGUAAAUUAUUCAGCACUGCAAAAGAUGGACUCUUUGGAUGCCAUGGAAGGUGAUGUGGAACUUGAAUGGGAAGAAACUACUAUGUAA